ACCAUCAUUUUUAAAUGAAAUGCAACUCGAUAGGUAUAACGAAGAACUACAACUAGUAUUCGAAUUCCAUGGUCAGCAACAUUAUACUCUUAAUUCAAUGUUCUAUAGGAGAGGGGAUAUAGAUUUGGAGGAACAAAAAUCACAAAAUCAGAAGAAGCGGAAUAUAUGCAAAGAGUAA